CCCUCCUGCCAACGCGAGCCCUCUCUCUCUCCUCCUAUACAUCUCCGCCUUCCAAAAGUAGUACAUCUUUUCACUCUCUCUCUAAAAACUCAAAAGCAGUAUCCCAACCUCCAAAACUCUCUCUCUCUAACUCUCUCUCUCUAAUACAUUCAGAUCAACCAUGGUGGUGACACCUUCGGCACGUGAAGAAAACGUGUACAUGGCAAAACUGGCGGAGCAAGCCGAACGCUACGAGGAAAUGGUGGAAUUCAUGGAAAAAGUGUCGGGCUCACUGUCCAUUUCCGAAGAACUCACGGUAGAGGAACGGAAUCUCCUCUCGGUGGCCUACAAGAACGUAAUCGGUGCUCGACGAGCCAGCUGGCGCAUAAUAUCGUCGAUCGAGCAGAAGGAGGAGUCUCGCGGAAACGAAGACCACGUGAACGUGAUCAGAGAAUACAGAUCUAAAAUCGAAUCGGAGCUCUCAUCGAUCUGCGAUGGGAUUCUAAAGUUGCUUGAGUCGAGGCUGAUUACUUCGGCUUCGCCUGGGGAUUCCAAGGUGUUUUAUCUGAAGAUGAAGGGGGAUUAUCAUAGGUAUUUGGCGGAGUUUAAGGCUGGUGCUGAGAGGAAAGAGGCUGCGGAGAGUACUCUCACUGCCUACAAAACUGCUCAGGAUAUCGCAAAUACGGAACUUGCCCCCACACACCCAAUCCGGCUUGGACUGGCCCUCAACUUCUCUGUGUUUUACUAUGAAAUUUUGAACUCUCCUGACCGUGCUUGUAAUCUUGCAAAACAGGCUUUUGAUGAAGCAAUUGCAGAGUUGGAUACCUUGGGCGAGGAGUCUUACAAGGAUAGCACUCUGAUAAUGCAACUUCUUCGUGACAACCUCACCCUGUGGACCUCUGACAUGCAGGAUGACGGGGCAGACGAAAUUAAGGAAGCUCCCAAGCCCGAUGACGAACAUUGAGGGCAGUUGCCCUCUGUUUAGGAUGUCAAUUCUCCUGUGGUUGUUUUUAUUAGGAGAAGAUCCUUGUUUUAAUUUCCUUGCCAUUCUGGUUUUUCAAGGUAUUGUCUUCUUUAGUGAAUGGGUUACAAUAUUGAUGUUAUGUCAUUGAACUAGCAAUUUAAUGUGGAUCUGGAGUAAUUCUCGUUAAAUAUUUGUCUGCGCUGGGUAUAUUUAAACUAAAAUCUCUUCAAUUAGUCUGAUAUUUUAUGUAACCGUAGAGUGAUGAGGGAAGCGUGUUUGUACUUGUCAGAAUGCGUUGGCUUUAUUUUGCAUAAGAUGGUUAACCUCGUACUCACAUAAUUUUUUUGUGAUGGUUAGUUUCAGUGUUCUAUGCUGGCUAAAGACUCUGUGUACAUAUUUCUUUUUGUUCCAUGAAGACAUUUUU